CUUGAUUUCCCUGACCGUCGUCCAUGAAAACAUCAUCGAGGAAAUCAGAAAAUUCAACGACAUGGCUUCUGAGACAUCAUCCAAUCGCUAUCGCCAGCGAGCCCACACCCACGCCCACACUUAUGAUCGCCUCCUAAACCAAGACUACGGUCAGAUCAUCAAUCCCACAACCACAAGUCUGGUAUUGCCACGACCCAAGAAGGAGGAGGAGACCAAGACCGAUCGAUUCCAAGCGAUCUGGAACCUGUUCCAAGUCGUGAACUAUGUAAAGGCCCAUCGGCAUAUGAUCAACCAACCCCUCAUGGGGGAGUUCUCAUCCGAGGGCGGGUCUUUUCUUGCACGGGGUGGCUUUUUCCAAGCUCGUCGCCUUCCUGCCCAGAAGGUAGCAAAAUAUCCCUUGAUCCCCGACGCUACCGGUGUUCUCCCUAAGAGCGCAUACGAGUCUCUAUUGACGGAGCUGCGAAUUCUUUCUCACCCCCCACUCAGCCAGCAUGACGGCAUCGUCCGGUGGAUGUCGAUUCAAUGGGCCCGCAUCGACCCUGUCGCACAUUCGUGGGUUCCGGUGCUAUUUCUAGAGGAGGCUCAACAUGGGUCCCUUCAGCAAUACGUUGCGUCGAAGACACCCGGUAUCAAGACCCGUUUGCAGCUCGGCCAAGAGAUUGGGAGCGGCCUACAGGCCCUUCACGCCAGCGGAGUCAUCCAUGCGGAUUUGAAGUUCCAAAACGUUCUCGUCUUCGACCUGGGAGACGGGCGCGUGAGGGCCAAGUUGUCCGACUUUGGCAGCUCCGUUAUCAAGUAUGGAAGGGACCAAAUGGUUACUCCCACCACGGGAACUCCUCCGUGGACCUCGCCCGAGCAUGGCCAGCCUGUCCAUACCAGGUUUCUCGGUGGCACCGACACUUACUCGUAUGGUCUUUUCGUGUGGAGGCUUUGCCUCCAGGGCGAGAAUCAUCCGUUCGACGGCCAGGACAGUGGAGAUAUCCAGAAGCGGAAGAAGGAUGAUUUGAUUUUUGCUGAAGCGGCACAGUCUCUCGAAGAGGCGUAUGAAAAGGCCAUGCUCCUUGGAGGGUUUGCAGGCAGCUGUAAUCGCUUUGAGUCGUACAGACUAGCCGUCUCGAUACCCCGACAAUGCCUCCAGCACUGCCUGUCCGCCUCGAUUGAGACCAGGGACCUUGACAAGGCGGUGGAGUCGCUGCACCAUGACGCAUACCUUUCCAGGUUUCCCGAGGAUAUCCCCACCUCAACGAAGGAUAGUAGUGGCAGUUGCGAGGAAUCGCUCCUAGAUAAACGUAUGUUUGUCAGUCACCUAUGUCUGUUUGACGCACCAAGAAGCGUCAAAGCGAUGCUUUACCAGUGUGUAUCCGAUAUCACCGAGAAUCCCAAAGCUUCCGACCCGUCAGCCUUUACCAGUACUGGUUUUCAGCUUGGUCUCCAAGCUUUUGAUGGAUUCGGACCACUGGAGGACGAUAAUAUGGCUGUCGGCGCCUCCUUGAUGAAAGAGGCCGCGGCGACCGGUGAUAUCACUGCCGGGGUGAUGCUGGGGCAGUUCUGCGAAGCCUCUGGCACAGUGAUGGAUGCUGCAACUCACCGCCUGUACGAGAAGGGCUUGGCUAGAGGGGUUGAAGAGGGCUCGCUUCUUGCCCGAAUCUGGCUCCGUCGCCACAACCCUCAAGCAUUGCGAGACUCCAAGCAAAAGGAGGCCCAAAAAGUAGCCGGAGUGAUUUCGUCACAGGAAAACGAGUCCAAGUCUAAGUCUCACUUCGAUGACAUUAUUGAUCGGGUGCUUGGCGAGGACGCAUUUGCUUCCGCGUCGAGAAAAUUGUCGGGUCGGACUUCGUUCACGACGCAGGAGCUCCAGGCAAUAUGGCUCCGUGAACGAGGAAAUUCGAAUCUGCACAUCGGGGCUGCGCUUGGGGUAAGUCCCGAUCGGUUUCGGUCAUGGCUAGGGCUCCUACGCACCGUUAUCGAUGCCAAAGACAAGGACGGCAAUACCGCACUGCUGCUGGCAGUCCGGUUUAAUCAUGUCGACAUCGCCAAGCUUCUCCUUGAGGCGGGAGCCCAAGCUCUAUUGCCAAACGACCUGGGGCAGACGCCGUGGCACUGGCUUGUUGCCAUUGAGAAGCCAGAGGACUGGCCUGCCUGGUCAGACUGCUCAACCAAAACAGCAAAAGUGUCUUGGACGCCACAGCAGAGCGUCCGCCUGGGGUCGCCGACGGAUUCGGAAUCAAACAAGGAGGCACAGCUCUGCACUGGGCCGCCGGUAGACUUGGCCAUUCAGUUGAACAAGCCCGAGAUUCUCCGCGUGUUCCUCGAGGAAUUACGCCAAAGAGGCGAGAUUCUAAGCCCGCCUAUCCCUUCGGGCCAUCCACGGGUUGCGAAUUUCAUCUUUCAGGCGGUAGCCUUGAAUCCAUGUCACGAGCGACUGGCGUAUGGAGGCAAGGGCUGGGUUGACGCCAUGAGACAGACUUUGCUCGUUCUCAGCGACUUCAACCUGGUGACGAAGCUGCCGAUACCACUACUCCCAGAUAUUCUCUUCACAACAGGUUGUAGCACAGUCAUCUUGAAACUCCUAGCCGAGGAGGGCUUCCUCGAGGGGACGAGCGACCCGGCAAAAUGUUGGGCUGAGGUCUGCCAAGAAAUCAUCCGAACAGCAGACGCUACGACCGUCCUAUACGUCAUAAAACGGGCCAAGGAAUACUCUGCCGACGGCCGUCUCCCAUAUGCCGAGAAGCUUUUGGAACUCUGUACACAGAGUUUGGGCUGUAAUGGAAGCGUGGUUGAUGCCAUUGCCGCUGAGGGCAUCAAUAUGGAUUUCUUGACCGUGCAGGCCCGGACACCUCUGAUGGAAGCAGUGCUGCACCGGAAUUUCGAGAUUGCUUCUGCUCUUAUCAGCCACGGGGCAAACGUCAAUGCACUAUGGAAACCCGAAUAUCUCGGGGCGCCAAAUAAAGACGCCCACCCCAACGCGAACAUACUCUUUGAGCAUCUCACGAGCAAUCUGGACACGGCUAUUGCACCACUACGGUACCUCCUUGAGCCGUUGCAUUCCAAGGACUCGGUUCCGUCCUUCGUCGUAGUUCCCGACUGGAAGCAGACGGCGCUGCACCUGGCUUGCAAAUACGGAAGCACGCUGAUCGUGGGCUACCUUGUCCAAAAGUUCAACACGCCAUACCACCUGGACUUUGUUGACACCAAAGGCCACACGGCUCUGCACAAUGCCGUGGUCAACGGCCACGCCGACGUUGCUAGGAUGCUCUGCCGGGCAGGUGCGCGAGUCGACAUCCUUUCCGGGAACGAAUCGUUGGAUCCCAAAGACCGCCGAAACGCCCUCGACUACUGCCAUAUCCUGUCCGGUUCAACCAUUAGCCAAGCGCAAGACUCCCGAGGAAUCAGCCCAGACCUCGAGGAUGCCCUCUUGAGCCGGUUGGAGAUCGCCAAAAUUCUAGUGCGAGAGCAUCAAGCUGUUCGCACUGUUGGCUCCAAAGAUGACGACGGCAUGACUUGGUCUAUCAGGUUAUGCCUUUGCGCAGCUCAGGAGAACAUGGUCCGUCUUCUAAAAGUGGCCUUGGAGAACCUCCGAAACCAUACCGCUUCCGGCAUGUCCUGGCAGGACGCGUUAGACCGGUUGCUUGUUCAAGCUGCUCUCAGCGGCCAUGCUGGUACCACCAAGCUGCUCAUCGAUCAUGGCGCCAACGUGAACCGGAUGUGGUUUGAGAAGACGCAGGCAACCAUCCUUCACCGAGCUGUGGAAUUAGCAGAUGCCGAAAUAUCUUACCUCCUGUUGCGGGCUGGUGCUGAGGUGAAUGCCUGUGACAAGGCAGGCAGGACACCCAUCAUGGAUGCCUUGCAGCUGAAGAAACUGGCUACCUGCCGGGUUCUGAUGCAUUUUGGUGGCGCGGUCACAGUGGGGAGAGAAAUAAUGGCUCAGGCUCUCGCGAAAAGUGGAACUAUGGAUAUGGAGGCUGGGAGGAGGUUUCUUGUGCCCGUAGUGGUGAGUGGGGGGGACGACGACGACGACACAGAGGACGAGGACGACGACACGUGCGUGAGGGCAUCAAUGGGGGUGGACGGAGAGAUAAGUGUUACGGUGUGA